CUACGAUAGACCAUUGUGUCCGGUGUGAGAGGUCGCAGCGCCUGCCGGCUUACCUUCCCACCGCCUCACUCCGUCGGUCUCUUUCUGGAUCCUACUGCAAUGGCGGAGCAACAGCAGUUCUACCUCUUACUGGGCAACCUGAUGAGCCCUGACAACAAUGUCAGGAAGCAGUCAGAGGAAACUUAUGACAACAUCCCCGGUCCGACGAAGAUCACGUUCUUACUGCAGGCUGUCCGCGAUGCGUCCGCUGCGGAGGAGGUCAAGCAGAUGGCCGCUGUGCUGCUGCGGCGGCUCUUCUCGUCCUCCUUCGAGGAGAUCUACCCCGGCCUGACGGUGGAAAUGCAGACGGCCGUCAAGACGGAGCUGCUCAACGGCAUCCAGGGCGAGGAGGGCUCGUCCAGCAUUCGCAGGAAGGUCUGCGACGUAGCCGCCGAGCUCGCCCGCAACCUCAUUGAUGAUGAGGGCAACAACCAGUGGCCCGAGAUCCUCAAAUUCCUUUUCGAUUCAGUCAACUCCCAGAACACGGGGCUGAGGGAAGCAGCUCUGCACAUAUUCUGGAACUUCCCCGGUAUCUUUGGCAACCAGCAGCAGCAUUACAUGGAGGUGAUCAAGCGCAUGUUGGUGCAGUGCAUGCAGGACCAGGAGAAUCCCCAGAUCCGCACUCUGGCUGCCCGGGCCACCGCAUCCUUUGUCCUGACCAAUGAGAGCAACUCGCCCUUGCUGAAACAUUUCUCCGACCUGCUCCCAGGCAUCCUCCAGGCCGUCAACGAGUCCUGUUACCAGGGAGAUGACUCUGUGCUGAAGUCCCUGGUGGAGAUUGCGGACACAGCGCCCAAGUACCUGCGCCCUAACCUGGAGGCCACCCUGCAGCUCAGCCUCAAGCUGUGUGGCGACACCAACCUGACAAACAUGCAGCGGCAGCUGGCCCUGGAGGUCAUCGUCACCCUGUCCGAGACGGCCGCCGCCAUGCUGAGGAAGCACACUGCCAUCGUGGCUCAGAGCGUCCCCCAGAUGCUGGCUAUGAUGGUGGACCUGGAGGAGGACGAGGAGUGGGCCACUGCUGACGAGCUGGAGGAUGAUGACUUUGACAGUAACGCGGUAGCUGGAGAGAGUGCGCUGGAUAGAAUCGCCUGUGGCCUGGGAGGGAAGAUCGUGCUGCCCAUGAUCAAGCAGCACAUUAUGCAGAUGCUUCAGAACCCUGACUGGAAGUACCGCCACGCUGGCCUCAUGGCCCUGUCGGCCAUCGGUGAGGGUUGCCACCAGCAGAUGGAGGCCAUCCUGAAUGAGAUAGUCAGCUUCGUACUACUCUUCUGCCAGGACCCUCAUCCCAGAGUCCGCUACGCUGCCUGCAAUGCCAUCGGCCAGAUGGCCACUGAUUUCGCCCCCACCUUCCAGAAGAAGUUCCACGAUAAGGUGAUCUCUGCUCUGCUCCAGACCAUGGAGGACCAGACCAACCCCAGAGUGCAGGCCCACGCUGCCGCCGCACUCAUCAACUUCACCGAGGACUGCCCCAAGUCCCUGCUCAUCCCCUACCUGGACAACCUGGUCCAGCACCUCCACGUCAUCAUGGUGGCCAAGCUGCAAGAGCUGAUUCAGAAGGGCACCAAGCUGGUGCUGGAGCAGGUGGUGACGUCCAUCGCCUCGGUGGCCGACACGGCCGAGGAGAAGUUUGUGCCCUACUACGACCUGUUCAUGCCCAAUCUGAAGCACAUCGUGGAGAACGCCGUGCAGAAAGAGCUGCGGCUGCUCCGCGGGAAGACCAUCGAGUGCAUCAGCCUCAUCGGCCUGGCUGUCGGCAAGGACAAGUUCAUGCCUGAUGCCUCUGCAGUCAUGCAGUUGCUAUUGAAGACUCAAACCGACUUCAACGACUUGGAAGAUGAUGAUCCACAGAUCUCCUACAUGAUCUCUGCCUGGGCUCGCAUGUGUAAGAUCUUGGGGAAGGAGUUCCAGCAGUACCUGCCUGUUGUUAUGGGCCCCCUUAUGAAGACUGCCUCCAUCAAACCAGAAGUGGCCCUGUUGGACACCCAGGACAUGGAGAAUAUGUCUGAAGAUGAUGGUUGGGAAUUUGUCAAUCUGGGAGAUCAGCAGAGCUUUGGCAUCAAAACUGCUGGUCUGGAGGAGAAGGCCACUGCAUGCCAGAUGUUGGUUUGCUAUGCUAAGGAGCUGAAGGAAGGUUUUGUGGAAUACACCGAACAGGUGGUGAAGCUGAUGGUUCCUCUGCUGAAAUUCUACUUCCACGAUGGGGUGCGGGUGGCGGCUGCGGAGUCCAUGCCCCUUCUGCUGGAGUGUGCCCGGGUGCGGGGCCCCGAGUACCUCACCCAGAUGUGGCACUUCAUGUGCGAUGCCCUCAUCAAGGCCAUUGGCACAGAGCCUGACUCGGAUGUGCUGUCGGAGAUCAUGCACUCCUUCGCCAAGUGCAUUGAGCUAAUGGGAGAUGGUUGCCUGAACAAUGAGCACUUUGAAGAACUGGGAGGAAUUCUGAAGGGAAAACUGGAGGAGCACUUUAAAAACCAAGAACUCAGACAAACCAAAAGACAAGAUGAGGACUAUGACGAGCAAGUAGAGGAGACCCUACAAGAUGAGGAUGAGAAUGAUGUUUACAUACUCACCAAGGUGUCGGACAUUUUGCAUUCGUUGUUCAGCAGCUACAAAGAGAAAGUGCUUCCAUGGUUUGAGCAACUCCUGCAGCUCAUCGUCAAUCUCAUAUGCCCUCACAGACCUUGGGCAGACAGACAGUGGGGCCUGUGCAUCUUCGACGAUGUGGUGGAGCACUGCAGUCCCUCCUCGUUUAAGUAUGCUGAGUACUUCCUGCGACCCAUGCUACAGUCCCUGUGUGACACCAGCCCUGAGGUGCGCCAGGCUGCCGCCUACGGCAUUGGCGUCAUGGCCCAGUACGGAGGAGAGAGCUACAGACCUUUCUGCACAGAGGCAAUCCCACUGCUGGUUGGAGUCAUCCAGGCCCCUGAAUCCAAAGUGAAGGAGAACGUCAACGCCACAGAGAACUGCAUCUCCGCUGUUGGCAAGGUCAUGAGGUUCCGGCCAGAGUGUGUCAACGUCAACGAGAUCCUCCCCCAUUGGCUCUCCUGGCUGCCACUCAAUGAAGACAAAGAGGAGGCAGUCCAUACUUUUGACUUCCUGUGUGACCUUAUUGAAAGCAACAACCCCAUUGUUCUUGGUCCUGACAAUGCCAACCUGCCCAAGAUCUUUGUGAUCAUCGCUGAUGGUGUUGCAAAUGAGUCUGUGAAAGGAGAGGAUGGAUGCAGCAAGAGAUUGGCCAAUGUUAUUCGCCAAGUACAGGUCUCCGGAGGAUUAUGGACACAGUGUGUAUCAACACUCAACGAGACGCAGCAGAAAGCCAUUCAGGACCUGCUCAACACCGCCUGAGCAAUUCUCGCCCUCUGCCAGCCCGUAUAUUAUUAAUAAAAUGAUAUCCUAGCACUGGGGACAAACAUCUUAUAGACUCUGGCCCUUCCCCUCUCUUGAGCGAUGAACUGUAGCGUGUGUGUAUCUCUGGACCUCUCCGAUGCUUGGUCCGAAAAAAGAAAAAAAAUCUCACUGAAGUCUCUACUCCCAACUCGAGGACUCCUAGUCCUAUGCGUGUGUAUGCGUAAUAUGUGUGCGUGUCUGUGAGGAGGGGGAUUUGUCCACAAUCUGAAGGGCCGGCUUGGGCAAGGGAGGGAAAAGUCCCAGAGUUCAGUCCUUCUCUCUUUGAAGUAUCACCGCAAAAAGAGAGCGGACACUGAAAACUAACAUGGGUCAUGCAUCUUCCUCUUAGUUAUGAAUACCUGACGUAGGAGAAAUAAAACCUUUUUACUUUUUGCUCACCCCUUCACCAAGAUCAGUUACUUAUGUAGUCGUGCUCUGCUAAUGCCAUGUAUGUCAGUGUUGGUGUAAAGAAGCCCCCCCUCCCCCACACAGCUGUAGGGGUUUCAUACUCUUCAUAUGGGUAGAAAAGGUUGAGAUGCAAUGGGAAGGGAUUGGAUUGAAAUGGACUUGUGUGGUGGAGAAGAAUGUGAGCAAAGGGGGGACUUUGAGGGAGUCAAACAUGGCUACCUGUAAUGUUGGAUGUUUUUGUUUAGGCUUUUCCUUCUUUUUUUUUUUUUGUCUCAAAGAUGGACUCAUGGUGUACCUUUUGGGAAAUGGCAUCAUUGUUGACUGGUUGGUGAAUCUGUGUGAAAAGCUAACAUCUGUCUUCGGCUUGCUCACUCCACGAAAUAAACGAGAAUGAGGGGGGAACGGUGGUGGCUUGCAUUAGAGAUCUGAAUGGAUACAAUGCCUGUAUGUAAAGUUGACUCAAGAAUAAACCAGGAUGGCUUCUUACUGUAGAUUGGUUCAACCUGUGGAAACUAGCAGUGUUUGGGUUUGGGACCACCUGCAGUUGCUCAUGUUUUUUUAACCAACCCAUUGUGCUAUUCAAUUCAGUCUCUACAGCUCGUCAGUACCCUUUGUGGAAAUCAGAAAACAAAUAGAUAUCUUCUGAGGUGAUGACAAACCUCGACCAAUAAAGUUUCUCUUGGGAGUAA